CGAUCUAAGCUUAGUCAGUAGUUGAUCGACGGUAGACUCGGUUGUGUAUCCUAGCUCUUGCCAAGAGGAGAUCCUUCCUUUUUAGUCCGGUGUGUACCACUAAGCGUCCCACUACGGAACAACGGAUUGUACCGUGGACGGUAGCCGUGAUUUUGCCGGUUUUUUUUUUUAAUAUAACGAAGACGCGCACGAGUAGUUAAUUAUAAAGGUGCAAAUUUUUUUAUAUGGGUCAAAUUGCAAAAAACUGAAAGUGAGAAAAAUUUACGCACGGAAGAAGAGUGUAACACCGUAAGAACAAUAAGUGAUAUAAUUAAUUGUGUAACUUAUCGACCGCUUUGUUGUACUGCCAAUUGUUGGUGUCGAGUGUUUGGACGGAACUGCCGGCGGUGACAUCAACGUUAUUCCAGAUCAAAGUAUUAAAACAUCCCUCCUGCAACCGAAAACUAAGAAAGUACAAAAAUGCAGCCGCCUUUCGUGGAAAAGCUGAGAUUUCUCUACAAACCAUACGUCCUGGCAAUUCUCACCAUUGGCUACAUCGCUGGCGAGCUCGGUCACUACUUGAUCGGAGUCACAUCGAAAGCAACUGCGAUUGAGCUGGACUACGGGGACCAUGCGUGCCAGCAGAAUCAUACGGAAGUUCAUCGUCAUCUGCUACCUCAGCAAUGUGCCGAUAUCGACGUCGAGCAUGACUGCCACCGACAGCAUCUCAAUGGGACGGUUUACUGCGAGUGGAAUUACAACGGUCUGGGGCUGGAGUACCAGUUACUUGCCGGACCCAGUUUCAUUGCUGUGUUUACUGUGAUGGGAGUGGUCCUAGGAUUUGCCGCAGACAGAUUCAAUCGCGUUCGGUUGCUUACCGUUUGUACGCUAGUUUUUGCGUUGGCCAUAAUUUUCCAGGGCACGGUAAAGGAAUACUGGCAGUUAAUUCUGCUGCGUAUGGUUAUGGCCGCUGGCGAGUCCGGGUGCAACCCUUUGGCAACCGGUAUUAUGUCCGACAUUUUCCCAGAAAGCAAACGUGCUCUUGUAAUGGCCAUCUUCAACUGGGGAAUCUAUGGUGGUUACGGUAUUGCAUUCCCCGUGGGGCGUUAUAUCACCAAGCUGAACAUCUGGGAUCAGGGUUGGCGUGUGUGUUACUACGGAACCGGAGUGCUGGCCAUACUGAUAGCUAUCCUAACUGGUACCACUCUGAAGGAACCGGAGCGGCAAACCAUUGGUGAAGAAACGACCGGGAAAGGCAAAGUAUCACUGAUGAAAGCUCUGAUGCAGCCACGUGUCAUUCUACUCAUGAUUGCCGCCUCCAUUCGUCAUUGCGGUGGUAUGACGUUUGCCUACAAUGCCGAUCUAUACUACAACAUCUAUUUCCCGGAUGUGGAUCUCGGCUGGUGGUUAUUUGCUGUCACUAUUGGAAUUGGUAGCAUUGGAGUCGUGAUUGGUGGGAUCGUUUCGGAUAAAUUUGUUGCAAAAAUGGGAAUUCGCUCUCGAGUUGCAUGCCUCGCCAUCAGUCAACUGAUCGCUACUCCAUUUGCUUUUGGUUCCGUGUACUAUGAUCCACUAUGGGCGAUGAUUACCCUCGGUAUCAGUUAUUUCUUCGCCGAAAUGUGGUUCGGAAUCGUUUUCGCCGUUCUGGUUGAAAUUGUCCCACUGCAGGUUCGUUCGACCACCAUUGGCGUGUUUCUGUUUGUGAUGAACAACAUCGGAGGAAAUCUUCCCAUCCUGGUUGACCCAUUGGCCAAGGCGAUCGGAUACCGAGGUUCCAUUAUGUUCUUCUAUGCCGGUUUCUACGGAAUCAGCAGUUUGUUAUUCUUACUGACGAUGUUUUUCAUGGAUGGUCCAAAACCAGAACCGGUAACCGAAGAGGUCCGAAACCAGGUCGAAAUGGGUCACGAAAACCGAACCUUCCAGUCGGACGAUUUCAUCAACGGUGUUGGAGGACCCCAAACGAAUGGACGCAGCAUUGCCGGGACGCGAUCUGCCGAGAACAGUAGACUGUAAACCGGAUUGACCAAACUAGAUAGGGUUCAAAUAGGUUAAGUUAGAAUAAUCAAUGAACGUCCGACGCACAAUCUCAACGACAGACGAUAACAUACCUGAUAAAGGAUUCGAAACAAAAAAUAAUGAAUCUAUCGAGCUGGAAUCUUAGUGGUUAAAACGUGAGAUUUUUAACGUUCGAAAAAGAAUCUCGUCUACAACAUUACGAUACGCUUUCGAAUUAGUACCUCUCGUGUCUAUAAUUAUAGGUAAUUUGUUGUACAACAUCAAAGUGCUUGACGUGAUCUAACGCGUAGUUGAUUAUAUUUAUAUCAGUCGUAAGUUUUUAACAUGUUUUAAUAAACUGAAAAUCAAAAGUA